AUGGGUUUGUGGGGUUUACCUGUUUCGUCACUUUUUUCUGCAUGGCAACACUUAUUUAGGCCACUUACACCUUUAAAUUCAUCGCCGUCAUCAAUAUUGUCAGGUUUACCAAAGCCAUUCGAUUUUAAAGAAGAAAGUGAUGAAGUAACGCAAUCUGCACUGAUUACUGUAGCAAAAAAAUCGUCGAGUAGCCGUGAAUUUGGAUUAUUUGGUGUUGCACAACUUUUUCCGCCAACACCGAUACCAUUACAUUCGUUUGGCAUAAAUACAGUACCAGAGUUACCACCACAACACGAAUCGAAAUAUGCAGGAAUGUUUGCUCCUGAUGGUAGUCUCAUUGUCAAAGAUAAAACCUCUAAAGAGAACGAAAAAUCUUUUUUAGAAAAUAGGAGGCUUCUUUCACAAAAAAAUUCUAUCGAUAAGAAAUCAGCAAUUAAACCAUUUGAAAAACGUGAUACGAUUGAUGAAGACGAAUCAUUCUAUUACGAUCCAGAAAUUCAAAAAUCAGUCUCGAAUUUUUUAAAAAAUGACAUGCAAAAAAUGGAUGAUGAAUUUAAAGAAAAAAAAUUGAAUACGGAUCCGAAUGGUAAUUUAUCUGUUCCAGAUGGCACAAACACCAAUAUUGUCAAUGAUAUAAUUUUUCUGGAGCAAAAAAAUCUGAAAAGCAAAAAGAGCGAAUUUUAUAAAAAACCUGAUAACUUAUCAACUAGGCAGCUCAACCGGUUAAACAAUAUUAUGCCAAUAUCAAAAUCAAAGUUGUCCUCUUCUCAAUCAACGAUAAAUAAUACAUUACGACAAAAAGAAAAUGAACCAAUUUCGCCCAUAAAUACUUUAGCGACAAUAAAAAGAUUACCUAUUGCUCGUAAUCCGCGCAAAUUUGUUCAGACAAUUUAUUGCGUGCAGCGAUCUGCUUCAUCACAAAAUCGCUUAUAUCUAUCGAGAAAAAGAAUUUGUAGACUUAAACAUAUUCGAACUAGAAUAUUUCCAAAUGGCUUUUAUGGUUCUUCAGUUAAAAAAACUAGCAAGAGAUAUCUCCCUAAAAAUCUUGACGCUUCAACUAGUUCGGCAAUCUCAAAUGCUUCACUAAAAAUGGCAUCAGUUCAGCGAAAUGCGCCAUCAAAUUUAUCAAAAGCAAAAUUUACAUCCACUUUUCAAAAUUGCAUUCAAAAUACCACAGAGUGGCUGCAAAAUAUUGAAAAAAACAGCGAUAGACCGCCAAGAAUGUGCUUAAAUGAAAGUAGAAAAGCCCCAACGGCUCGACAUUUACCAGUUAUUGAGAAUCUAAGGCCAAAAGCAGAAUUCAGUGACGUUCAAGAAGUACAAUCACAGUCAAUAACCAUGGCACCAUCUUUGAUACGUUCACCUUUUUUAAGCUCAUUAAAUGGACUAUUCGAUAUUCAGAGAACGACAAAUGUUUUUGGUGUGCACCAUUAUCGAAUGUCAGAAUACGUUAGCGCUCGUAAAUCGAAACUUAUUUGGAGAAUUCGUAACGUGGCUUGA